UCAUUUUGUAUAGUUAUUGAUAGUUCACAGUAAUUCAUUGGUUUGAGCUAAUUAUUAUAUGGUCAUGGAAUUAUUGUAUAAAAUAGAUCCUUAAACAGAUUUAUUUGAAUGAAGAGUACAUACAUAGUGACGAAAAAUCCAUUGAUGAAAGCAACAACGAUGAUUUCUCGAUAUAAGAUAUCGAAAAAGAUCACAUCUCUAUGUCGUCUUUUAUCGCAGUUCUUUUAUUUGGCGCGCAAUGCUAGCAGCUGGCAGCAGUUGAUAAAAACUAAAAAAAUGGAAAAAAUUUGCGCUGCUUUGGAGCCGCAAUUUCCUUGCCGCGAAUCGGCAAUCACAACAUUAGCUGAGCUGAUUGGCGACUGCAAUGAGGCUUAUCCGCCAGCCAUUUAUAUAUACGGACACAGCGGCACGGGUAAAACCUCGUUGUCUAAAGCAUUCCUACAACAAUGUCAACAACAGCAAAAGGUGCGAAUUGCUCAGCUGAAUGCCAUCGAAUGCUAUACAACAAAAAUAUUGCUGGAAAAUGUGUUGGAUGCCCUCUCACAGCAAUCUACGAAGCAGCAAUUGGAUACGGAGUCAUUGCGUGCGGAUAAUAUGUUGGAAUUUGUGCAACAGCUACGCCGCUGGCAUGGAAGCACCGCUCGAGGAUUUCUUAUAGCGGUCGACAAUGCGGAACGGCUGCGCGAUAUGGAUGCGAAUGUGUUGCCAGUGCUGUUGCGACUGCAGCAGUUAACAAGUCUCAACCUGUGCGUGUUGCUGCUCUCGCAGCUGCCCUUCGAAAAGUACUACAACAAGACGGGUCUAAGUGAGAUCAUCAGUUUGCAUCUAGCACAGUACAACAAGGCGGAAACGUUGCGCAUACUCAGCAGCGACUACGACCAAAUGCAACGGCAAAUGCUGCAACAAUUGAAGGGAGAUCAGCUGCAACUGGCAGAGCAGGCCUUGACUCCAGAUUUCUAUAGCAACUAUUUGAAUCUCUUUCUAAGCGUCUUCUAUAAGGCUUGCCGCGAUGUGCCCGAGCUGCAGUUGACGGCUCGCAAAUGCUUUGCAAUUUAUUUGCAACCUGUGCUGGAUGGGAGCGUGGAGUGCACAGAUGUAUCUCGUCUCUGGCGGCACAUAGCUGGGCCGUUGCGUUCGGCUCUGACGCAGAUCUACAUGCGCAUAGAGAAACCGCUGGGCGAGCCAGCUGUUGAGGAUCAGAGCGUGCGCAAGCUGGCCCAAUCGCUGGAGCUGCCAUACUAUGGUAAAUUUUUGCUGAUCGCUGCAUUCCUCGCCAGCCACAACUCCGCCAAACAGGACAAGCGACUGUUUGUCAAGCAUCAUGGCAAGCAACGCAAGCGCAUGCAAACGGUCAAUGCCAGAGCCAAGAAUGUUGAGAAGAUGUCCACGACUUUGGGCCCCAAAUCGUUUAGCAUUGAUCGCCUGCUAGCUAUUUUCUAUGCCAUACUGGAUGAGAAGGUGGGCCUCACCUGUAAUCUGCUCUCACAGAUCUCCACGCUGGUGCAUUUAAAGCUACUUAGUUUUGUCUCUGGCGAGCAAAAUAUUAUGGAUGGCUCCGCGAAGCUGCAGUGCACCGUCGGCCUGGAAUUUGUCAUGCACAUUGGCAAAGUCGUGGGCUUCAACGUGCGUCAGUAUCUAUGCGACUUUAUGUAACAUUUCCUUUAGUU